UGCUCCUAAACCACAAGUAAGACAGAAAGAGAGAUGCAGUGGUGACAACUUCUUCUCCUCUUCAGCUGUCAUUCAACGGACUACUAUGGAGGUAUUUGGCCUGAGGAGGACCCAGUCCUUGAAGAGUCUUUCUGGGGUUCAGGAAAGGUCAUGGGUCAUGAAAGUUUCCACCCGCUGGGAGAGAAAGUCUGUCUCUCAGCUGGUGCAACAUUACCAAAGCUGUGCUGACCUAAGGAGUCCUGAAAAAGCAGAGCAAAAUCUGGAGCUGUCUGAAAGCUGGGUGGAUGGCGGAUGGAGAAGGGUGGAGAGCAGGGAGAAUGUGGCCCUCUGGGGAUCAGGAAGGAGCUCUAAUCUGUCCAGGAGUCGCUCCAUGGACUUCCUCCCUCAGAGGGAGACUACAGGCACCAAAGCUCUGUGUGCUCUGUUUGAGUCCAAAGCCACCCUGCAGCAAGGCUUCAACAGCAGCCCUCGACUGAACAUGAUAAGUGCAGCUGACAGCAUGACGGUGAGAGACUACCCUCUGCAGGACAGGAGAAGUCGUAACACUUUUCUAAAGGACACAGCUACACAGAGAGCCACUCAAGUGGAAGGAAGAAGGGUGGUGAAUGGGCUUCCAGAGUUUCAUGACCGAGCACCCAGACACUUUCAUGAUGACAAAUACAGUCCUUCACUGACCAAAGGGGACACCCCAACAAGACAAACCAGAGACAGAACAUCUACUUCCUUCUCAGUGCGAGACAGAUCAGCUCUCUAUCUGUCAAGAGCAGCGGCCACUGACUCCACAGGAGGCUCGACACAGCCAGAAUUCAUUGGUACACUAGGAAAAAGGGCUAAAAACAGUAAGAUGGCUGACCAGACCAGAAAAGUCACAGUUUCACAAUCAUCUCCUGAUGAAGAUGACUUGCCCCUCCCCCCACCUCCCCCUGUACCACCUAGACCCCUCGACUAUGAAGGGCCUUCAUCGUUAAGUAGCCUUCCCGUGCCGCCACCUAGAGAAACCUUCUCCAUGUUCUACCAGCAACGGCAGAAAAAUGAGCUGAAGAGGCUCUUUAAACACAUCCACCCGGACCUACGGGCAAGCCUUGACGAUGCAGUGGAUGAUGAGAUAAUGAAGGCAGUGCAGUCAGAAAACCCUCAGGCAGCAGAUGCAGCUAAUCAGGGAGAAGUGCAGUCCAUGAGGUGGAUCUUUGAGAACUGGACUCUGGACAGUAUUGGAGAUCCUCAUGCAACUAUAAAGCUGGUGGAUAAUGAGGAGUUAAAGGGUGGAGAUGUCAGAAGCACCUCUUCAAUGUUUGAACACAUUGACAGCACCCAACAAAAGUCUGCUGAUAGACAGAUUUCUGUCAGAGGGGAUGUGAGAACAUCAACGUGGUUGUUUGAGACCCAGUCUUUAGAUUCCCUAAAUAGACCAAUAAAAGAAGAGGGUGAACUAGUUGAGGCAGUGCUGAAAGAACCCAUACAACCUGGAGAUGUAAGAGGGACUCGGCUGCUGUUUGAGUCUACACCACUGAGUGACUUGGGACGCUGCAACUCCAUUGAAGAUCAUAGUUUCCUGAAACUGAGAUCUGAGCUUCAGGAGAUGAAAGGUGAUGUCCAGAAGACUGUAAAACUUUUUCAGGCAGACCCUUGCUGUGCCAUUAGAGACAAUGGUGGCAACAUCCAUGAGAUUAAAUCCAUCUGCAGGGAGGAGAUCAACAGUAGUGGCUUUUGCACUGCCCGCUGGCUUUUUGAAACCCAGCCUUUGGACCUCAUCAGUAAGGGAACUGAUGGAGUGAAAAUAAUUCGGGGUAUAUCUCUAGAGGAGGGUCAGAGAGGAGGUGUUGACCAAAAGAGUUGGAUGUUUGAAACGCAGUCAUUUGACACAAUAAAAGAGGUCGUAGUAGAGAACAAAUUUGAAGGAAUGGUAGCUGAAUUUUCAGGAGAGGUUGACGUCAUCAACAAAAAGAAGUUCUUUGAAAUGAAACCACUGGCAGCAGGAAACACUGCAGAAAAGUCUUUGGAAAAGGAAGACGUAAUUGGAGGCAACGUCAAGACUUCCCUUUGGCUGUUUGAAACACAGCCCAUGGAGGCUCUUAGUGAUAGCUAUGAAGUUGGGAGCCUGAAGAAAAUUACCCUUUCAGCUGAUGAACAAGGAGAAGUAAAAGACAAAAAGCAAUUAUUUGAAAGCUGCAACAUUCAAAAAAGCUCUUCUUUAAAAGAACAAGUGACUGAAAAGGGAGAUGUUAAGGGAUUCAAGGAGCUUUUUGAAAAAAUUCCUUUGAGCAAAAUCGCUCAGUCUGAGGAGGAGAUUACUGAGAAAGAAAAGUCUAUUGCAGCGGGAAAUUUAAAAGGUAACAGAGAAAUGUUUGAGACAACUCCAUUAUACGCAAUAAAGGACAGCUCUGGAAACCUUCAUAAGGUUACAACAGUCAGCCGAGAGGAAUUCACUAAAGGGAAAGUUAAAAACUAUAAGUGGAUGUUUGAGACCAAGCCUUUAGACCAACUGAUGGAAGGAAAAGGAAAUGUUGAGGUAAUCAAAGGUAUCACCAGACAGGAGGACACCACAGGUGAUGUCAAGAUGGCAAAGUGGCUUUUUGAAACCCAGACAAUUGAUGGAAUUCAUUCCAAGUUCAAUCAGACAAAGCAAAACUUCUCUUUGGAAGAGGAACCACGCAAAGGUGACGUGAAGACCUGUAAAUGGUUGUUUGAAACACAACCAAUGGAUGUUUUGUAUGAAAAAUCAGAAAAAGUGAAAGAUAAAGAAGCCAUUGAAGAUACCAAUGUCAAGUCCAUUACAUGGCUUUUUGAGUCCCAGCCUCUAGAUAGCAUCAAAGAUGGUGAAGAGUACAAUUUGAAGCUUUGCAGCACCAUACAAGAUUCAGUUAAAUCAGAGGUUGGUGUUCAAACUGUGAAACAUCUUUUUGAAACAGAGACCUUGGACAGAAUAAGAAAGGAUUCAUGUUCAGACCAAAAUCUGAGAUGCAUCUGCCAAGUCAACUUUCAGUCAGGAGAAGUUUCACGAGUCAAAGAACUUUUUGAAUCCCAGUCUCUCGAAGAAAUAGGAUCAGAAAUUGUGACAACAUCUGAACAACAGAAUCAAAGCGAACACAUCGAGAAAGGUUCUGUAAAUAAAUUUACGUGGAUGUUUGAGAACUGUCCCAUGAGCCAGAUCAACAACGACAACAACAACACAAAUACACAAAGAGCUGAAUGUAUCGAAAGUGGUGAUGUCCAGAAGAAAAAGUUUAUAUUUGAAACGUCAUCACUGGACAAAAUUCAUGAUGAACCCCUUGAGCAGGAGUUGGUCUCUGUGGAAGAGCCUGUGAGCAAUGUAGACGUGAAGUCAAGCACUAUGAUGUUUGAGUCCCUGCCACUGUAUGCCAUCAGAGACAAAGAGGGCCAGUUUCAUGAGGUGACAACUGUAAAAAAGGAAGAGGUAAUGAGUGGUGAUGUAAGAGGAGCAAGGUGGAUGUUUGAGACAAAACCACUUGAUGCCAUCAAGGCAGAGAAUGAAGUUUAUGUCAUACGAGCUGUCACCCAGGAGGACGUCAAGAAAGGAGAUGUUAAAUCAGCCAGAUGGAAGUUUGAGACACAACCUCUUGAUUCCCUCGCGAGUCGAGAAGAGCCCUCUGUCAGGGUGCCCGAAGACUUUGGAAGUAGCAAUGUGCAACUGAGUAAACAAAUAUUUGAAUCUGAGCAGACGUGCAAGAAGUUUGUGAGGAUGGUCAGUGUCACUGAUGUCCAGCGUGGAGAUGUCAGGACCUCCACCUGGCUCUUUGAAAAUCAAACCAUCGACAGCCUGAAAGGGGAGCCUCAGGAGCAGGACCCAGUAAAAACAGUCCACAGGGAAGAUAGCCAGAAGGGAGAUGUGAAACGCUGCACCUGGCUGUUUGAAUCGCAGCCACUGGACAAAAUUAAGGAGCCCGAAGAAACCUCGGUGCAAAGUGCUAAGAACAUACCAAAAGCUGAUGUGAAGUGCACUACCUGGCUCUUUGAGACCACUCCACUGGACAAAAUCGCUGCCAACAGUGUGGCUGAUAGCCUUUCAUAUUUGGAUGAAAAAGCUUUUGUUCACUCAAGUGGCAUCAUAAUAGAGGCAGAUGGCAGUAGAAAUGUCAACAUGGCACGAUAUCUAGUUGACAAGAAUGAAGGGGUGCAGAUUCAGAAAGAGGACGCUGUUGAGGGGAACGUCAGGAACAUCAUGCUACAGCUUUUGCUUAGGCCAACUCUCAAACCACAAGUUAUUCUCCUGAGAGAAACUGAAAAAGGUAACGUUAACACAACUGUAGUAGAGCUUCCAGUCUCCCAGGCAACCAGCGCUAUCGACCCUGAGUACGAUCAAAGAAUACAAGACAUUGCCCAGAUAAUCGAUGAGUUGCUCAUUCCAGAUAAGGAAUUGAAAAAGGGAAUCAUAAUGCAAGAGACUGCGGCGGGACAAGCAGAGAUGUCAGUUUAUUCCCUCAUCUGCAAUUAUGAAAGCAAAACUGAGAGUCUUGUUACAGAGAGGGGAGACGUUAAAUCUACAAUUGGAAGUUUGUUAGCCACUGCCAGUGGUCAGAGGACAGCAGCAUUGUGCAGAGUGGAUGAAACUGAGAAGGGAAAUGUGAAUUUGUACAAAAGUUGCAUUGAGAAGGGAGAUCUGCAUUACCUAAAAAGCCUUCAUACUGAGGCAUCUGAAGAUGAAGCUGGUCACAGCCUUUUGACAAAGGAGCAGGUUGAAACAGUUCAGGGGGGUGUGAGAGAAGCAAAGAGAAGCCUCUAUGAGCAAAAAGAGCAGGUAGAACGAACAAUUUCUGAUGUUUUGCCAGGGGAUGUAAAGAACACCAAAAAGGUUUUCUCAACAGAGUGCACUAUCAGUGUUGACAGUUGUAUUCCAAAGGAGGAAAUUGUCCCUGGAGAUAUCUUAUCAGCAAAGCAACAACUUGCUGUAAAGCAACCCAUCACCGUGGAAAAGGAGGAAAUUGUACCCGGGGAUAUUAAGGCAACAAUGCAGUCAUUAGAACGAGCAAAGCAACAGAGCAUGUGUGUGGAGCGGGAGAUCGUUACACCUGGAACUAUUUAUGACAUGGACUUGUCAGCUCAAGAUCCUGAAAGUGAAGGAAACCAAGCCCAAAAAGAAGUCAUCAUAUCUGGAGAUGUAAAAGCUGCUAAAAGGUCUCUUGAAAUGGCUAAGCAGCAAACCAUGCAUGUAGAGCGGGAAGUCGUCAUUCCUGGAAAAAUAUACAACCUGACUAUGUCUGCACAAGCUGAAGGCUCAUCAACAGUGGCACAAUCAACGUGUUCAUCCUCCACAAGAUGCCAGCAAAUCAGGACUUCUCCGAAGGUCAGUGAUGCAGAGAAAGAUCAGGGAAGCCAUAUCUCCUUUGAGGCUUGUCAACAGAGUGCAGCUAUAGACAAUAACAAUGCCCCAGAAACACUGCCGCCUUUUGUAAGUUGCAGGUUUAACAGUCAGACAACUGAAGAUGAGACAGAACAAGUUAUCAGAGGAGAUGUGAAGGCAGCUAUUAGAGCUCUGCAGAGUGCAGCAACAGAGCAGAAGCUGCUAGAUAAAGAAAACAUUGUAAGAGGUAAUGUGCAGUUGGCUCUCAAAUCUCUUGAGAAGUCUAGUGUAAAUGUAUCCAAAGGAGACUAUACAGCUGCCAUGAUAUACAGGAAUUCAGGCAGGGCUUGUGCAGAGAGGAGCAAGACUGUUCACAAGCAGUGUGUUGUGGUGUCUGUGCCUCCAUCUGACGCAAAAUUAUCUCCUUCAAUUUCAGUAACCUGUGAAGGACAGCCAUCCAUUACAACACAGAAUUCAACUCCCACCCCUGUAGCAAAUGGAACCUGUAAAUCACCCUGCUCUGAAAGGCCAAGUCCACCUCCACUCCCUCAAAAGACUGAGAAACCACAGGAACAGAAGCCAGCUUUACCACCAAAGCCACAAUGGAUGAAAUCUGUAGUUGUGGACGAAUUGAAUGCUUCACCUAUCAAAGUUACCUGCCCUGUUAAAGACAGCAUAAAAAGUACAGUGAUUUGUCAAAAACAAAGCCAACAAUUUCCUAUAAACUCUUUGGAUAACUGUCAAGAAACUACAGCACAUGGCAAACUCAGUAAACAGAGCUCACAUGAAACAUACCACCAAAGAUGUGUUGAUGAAGAAAUGCAAGUCUCAGAUCAAACAAAUGUACAUCUACCAAUCGAAUCGAAGGCUCAGGAAAUUAAAAUGAAAAAGAAAACAGCUCCACUCACAGAGAGCAAAUCAGACUGCCAAACGACAUCAAACAGCAGUGAAGGGGAACCAGAGAAAAAUGUGAUUCAGAAAGUAAAUGCAGCUGAGGGGACACAGAUGUGUUUGAAGAAUUAUGAAGGAGAUGCUAAACAUGAAAUGAACACGAGCUUGGAGGCUGCUCCAAAUAACGCUGAAGGAAAGGACGGAGACACUUUUAAGAAGGCAACAAUCAUAUAUGAUAAAGUCAGAGGUCAAAAACAAGAACACAAACUUGACAAAAAACAGCACAAGCCUGAACUGCAAACCUCAGAGCUUCACAGAUCAGUUGAUGCAAGCCGCAUGCAGGAGAACAACCCGAACAACAGGGAACAAAAAUCUGAGGAUAAAGUUGUUUUAAGAGGGAAGAAGGUAAGAGAGACAGAAGAUGAAAGACGACAAAGGCUCUCCGUCCACAUGGAGGAGAUCGUGAAAGGAAAUGUAAAAGCAGCCAUGGAAAUCUUUGAAAAUUGUAGGAAAAGAGAUGAACUCAAAGGAAUCCUGUCUCAAGUGCAAGAAAUAGAGGGCGAGGCCAGCGCUGUAGAUGAUAGCUCCUUAAAGACAUUAUACCAGAAUGUCCCCGCUUGGAUGAGUACACCAAGGAGAAAUGCUAAGCAAAGUAAAACGGAGGAAAAGAAAGUUGAAGUAGAAACCCGGGAUGAUGAUCUUGAAAGCAUCUCCUCAGUUGAGACGGCGUUUGAAGAUCUGGAAAAGGCGAGCAAGGAAAUAAUGAACCUGAAGGAGCAGACUUUAGCAAAACUUCUUGACAUUGAAGAGACAAUUAAAAAGGCUUUGUACUCCGUCUCUAAUCUGAAAUCUGAGGCUGACAUUGCAGGGUUGUCAGGGCUGUUUGAUGAAUCUUUGAAAUCUGAGCAAAACGUCCAGCCUGCCAACAACAUCAGGAAGAUAAGCAUUGUGUCAAGCAAGGCCAAAUCAGGUCAAACUAAAGAGACAAGUGAUGUAAAUCUUCAGACAGAUUUGGAUUCAAGUUUUUCCAAAAGAGAAGUGUCCAAAAAAGGGCAAAAUAAGCCCCUGAUUAGACAGCCUUCCUCACAGUCGUCGCCAUCAUUCAUCUCCAUUCACUCAGCUGCCAGAAAGACUAGUGAUCAACCAAAGCCAACCAUGUCAACAUUUAAACCAAAAGCUAAUAGCUGCCCUCACAGCUGCCAUGAUGUGAACAGUGAUCAGGAGUCUGCAAAAAAUGGUCCAAAGCGCAAAGUCAGUGUGCUUGAGGUGAAAACUGCAGAGCAACCUGCAGGAAUAAUUGGCACAAAGACCGUCAGCGAAACAUAUGAAGAGAGUGACGGCUUUGGCAAUGUGUUCGUUUCCUCCAUGACAUCAACAUUUGUCACAAAACAGUCUGACGGUAAUACGCCCGCUCUGUUUGAAAUGACUCCAACUAGAUAUGAAGUCAUGACAUCCCCGCCGAUGCGAAGAUCUGGACGCUUUUUUGAAGAUAAAGUGUCGAGCAAUGACGAAGGGACAGUAUUUGUAACAUUUAGCCCACCAAAAGAAACACACUAGAUAAGCCACUUCUUAGUGUGUUCCUCGGUCCUUUAACUUUAGGAAAGCAGUUAUUUCACGUGUGUUUUUAUCCCAUUUUGUUUUAUUAGUGAAAGUGUUUUGUUAGUCAUUAAAUGGAUCUCAUGAAAUGCUGAAAAUGUUGACUUUAAGCUGCAAACCUUUUGUCUUAUAGAUUUUAUACUGUAACCACAAUA